GUGCAGCAGCUUCGCGGAGCUGGUUGUCAUGGUAACCGUUAUAGCAUGUGCUUACAAAAACAAGAGCCUGGCCGUCCACCGCAAGCUGCUUCGACACUCCACAUAUUCGACGCCAUCUUCCCCUCGACCAGGAAGGAGAACGGCCGAACCGCUGGUUCCGACCGACUCAGAGACGGGGGGGACGGGGACGGAAAAUGAGCGGAGCCAAAGCCCGCAGCGACGCGCCUGUUGCUGACAACAUCCCCGCUGGCGGCGGCGGUGGCGGUGGCGGCGGGCAUGGCACCGCGGCUCCUGUGCGGGAGCGGAAGGCCAGCAGUGGAGGGAUCCUGAAGAGGCUCAAGUCCCGCCAGAGCAAGGUGGACAGCAGGCCCGUGGUGGAGGAAGACCUGCGGACCAAGAGUGGACACAUCACGCCUGAAGAUGUGCUGGGACUGCGCGUGGCCACCAGAGGUUACCUCUGCAAACCCGAAGAGAAUAUUUAUAAUAUCGACUUUGUUCGCUUCAAAAUCAGAGACCUGGAGACAGAGACCGUUCUGUUUGAGAUUGCCAAACCCCCACAUGCAGAUGACGAGGAGGAGAACAGAGUGGGAGACGCCAGCGCGGGCCGCUUUGUGCGAUACCAGUUCACCCCGGCCUUCCUGCGACUAAGAACCGUGGGAGCUACGGUGGAGUUCACGGUUGGCAAUCGGCCUCUGAACAACUUCCGCAUGAUCGAGAGACACUACUUCCGGGAACACCUGCUGAAGAGCUUUGACUUCGACUUUGGCUUCUGUAUUCCGAACAGCUGCAACACGUGUGAACACAUCUAUGAGUUCCCUCAGCUCUCUGACAGCCUGGUGCGUCAGAUGGUGGAGUGCCCUUAUGAAACCCGAUCGGACAGCUUUUACUUCGUCGACAACAAGCUGGUCAUGCACAACAAGGCAGACUACGCUUACAAUGGAGGACAGUGAUGUGGAGCCUUGUGCGUGCACACGCACGUGCAAUCACACAGUACAUCCAUAUAUGUAUGAGA